GUAGAGAAACUGACUUAUAAAAACUGGUGUGUAGCAGACAGCAGCACAUAGUGCCAGUUUGGCCAGGAUACACAAGCAAGCAAGUGGUUCACUUAAGCUUGUGUUGGUUAGCAGGUGUAGUUUGCUAGCAGCUAGGCUAGCUUUAGACACUGCCAACACAUCAGUGGCUAUGGCUUUUGGGUUUUGCCUUAGUGUGACAUUUCUCCUGUCUGUGUGGACAACUGCAAAAUGUGAUCAGAUUCCCAAUGAAGGUCUUCAUGUGGAGUGUCGUGAUCGUUACUUCAUGAUAGCCGUUGAGCUCUUCUUCACUGGGAAUGAACCUUCCUUUGAGGCUGUUGAUGAGACAGGUGUGUACCCCAUCACUGAGCAGUAUGCAGCAAAAUGUGGCUACAGUGUCAGUGUUUUACCUCCAUUGGAACAUGUGGAGCUCCGGGCCUCUUACUUCAGCUGCCACACUGACAACAAGGAGGAUGAAGUGUUCACAUUCAACUUCAACCUGAUUGUGACACACAAAGGAAAGGAAGUCACCUAUGCUUUGAACAAGACCUGUUCUCCCUCUCUCCCCUGGUCUCCCAGAGAGGUUACCUGUGAGGUCAACUACAUGGAAGUGUCUGUGAGGAGUGAUGUGGCCUGUCCAACUGGGACAAAGGAGGAUGACUGGGAUGCUCUCUUCAAAACGGCCUAUGCCUCAGCCACUUCAGAUUGGCAGGUGAUGUUUCAGAGUGUGCAGCAGGAGCUGAUGCCCAUUAGCCUUAAAACGGCUAAGAAGCAUGGAUAUGCAUUUGACUUGACGGAUGGAAGGCUUGUAUUUCGUGCUCCGUAUGGACAACCUGACUCAUUCAGCACUGAGGUGAAUGGUGUUCCAGUAGAGGUGGUCCAUGCAACACUAUUCUCCAGACAUAGCUGGGUUUUAAUUAUGGUUGACCUGGUGGCUGCUUGCUCCAUGCAUAAAGGAUCAUAUGACAACAUUGGCUACAUUAUGUGGGAGACUCCUGAUGUGCUGCAUCUGUUGUCUGGUCUACAAAGGAUGCAGGUCAACAUUGGAGUCAAUGGUGAACUUGUGGAGCAGCCAGUUGCAGAAGAGAGAGGCUACAUUGUGAAGCAGCACAACUCCACAGUCGAGAUCAGCAUCCCCUAUAAUGCUGAAGGAGGAUACAGGAAGAGCAUUGUGUCUGGGAACCUCUAUGAGUUCUACAUCUUUCAUCUCUACUUGGAGCAAAUCGCAGUGGAUGAGGAUCAUGUUGACACCAGACUUCGCAUUCACAGGACACUGGCCACUCCCCUGCUGACACGCCCUGUUUUCACUGAAAACAGAACAGUUCCUGAGGAGCGCACAUUCACGGUCUACCUCGGGGAUGUCCCUGAAGACGUCGAGUUGGCUGCAGUUCAUUUGAAUGGACAGAAAUUUACAGUUCCAUUUACAAAUACAAGCAGCCACAACAUCACAAAAGUUGUUUCUCCCAACCACACUCAUGGCUACACUCUGAGGGUGCCUUUUGAGGACCCUGUUGUCAUGCAGCAGUUAAUCAAAGAUGCAACGAUGCAGCACAGGCUGGACAUCAACUACACACUGACCGUUCUGCCUGAAAAUGAGCCUUUUUACCAACUAGCAUCAGUGAUGGCGUUAACUGAUGCCUCUCCUCCACCCUUUGAUGCUGUCUGUUCUGAGUCUGGCAUCAGCUUUAAACUGGACCACCAGCCUAUUUACUACCUGUGGGAGAUCAGUAUCGGCUCAGAGCUGCUGACAUCAGAGCUGGCAACUAAGCACGGCUACGUCAUGAGCAACAAUAGCCAGAGACUGCUGCUCGAGGUGCCGCUCUUCACUCAUGGCUACAAGUACAAGGACAUUACGUUGAAGGGCUUCUUCGGCACUUUUGAGCUCCUCAUGCGGGAUCAUGAAACAGAGGUCCAAAAUUCAAUUGUCAAGACUUGUCAGUUCUCUGCUACUGAACUCAUUGUGUGUUCGGCUGAUGGCAGGAUAACUGUGGUGGCUGACUUGCCUUCGGUCAUCACAAGUGAAGGAGUUCCUGCUAGAACCAACCUGGUAGACAAAAACUGUGGACCCAAAGAGAUGGACAGCACCAGGGCUCUCUUCUCUUUUCCAAUCAACAGCUGUGGAUCCACAGUAAAGCUUGGUAAGGAGUAUGUGACGUAUGAAAAUGAGAUUUUCUUCAGCAACAAGUUGCAUGCUCCAGCUGACUCCAGCAAUGAUUUUGACAGGGUGACAAUGCAGUGUACAUAUCCUCUGGCUGGACUUCUCUCAGUAUACAGGUUUGAGUCUGACACAGCUGGUGUUGGUCGUAUUGUGCAUUCUGCACACUCCACUCAAGGUCUACUGAGUCCCACCAUUAAGCCCACUACAGUGCUUCAAACACCAUUGUCCACUCAAAGAGGUGUUUCAGUUCAACCUGCUUACCGACCUUCUGCUCAGUAUAUCCAAGUAUCCGGCUUUCCAAGCGUCUCGAAGAACGUAACCGGCUUUCCAAACAACGUCUCGAAGAACGUACCCGGCUUUCCAGGGAACGUAUCCGGCUUUCCAAACGAUGUCUCGAAGAACGUACCCGGCUUUCCAGGGAAUGUAUCCAGCUUUCCUAACAAUGUCUCAGAGAAAGUAUCCAUUAAGCCCACUACAGUGCUUCAAACACCAGAGUCCGCUACCAGAUGCACCCGAAGAUGUUUUUCAAUGCGACCUGCUUUCCGGCCUUCUGCUCAGUACAUCAAAUUAUCCGGCUUUCCAAACGGUGUCUCAAAGAAAGUAUCCAUUAACGCCACUACAGUACUUCAAACACCAGAGUCUGCUACCAGAUGCACCCGAAGAUGUUUUUCAAUGCGACCUGCUUUCCGGCCUUCUGCUCAGUACAUCAAAGUAUCCGGCCUUCCAAACGACGUCUCGAAGAACGCAUCCGGCCUUCCAAACGACGUCUCGAAGAACGCAUCCGGCCUUCCAAACGACGUCUCGAAGAACGCAUCCGGCCUUCCAAACGACGUCUCGAAGAACGCAUCCGGCCUUCCAAACGACGUCUCGAAGAACGCAUCCGGCCUUCCAAACGACGUCUCGAAGAACGCAUCCGGCCUUCCAAACGACGUCACGAAAGUAUCCAUUAAGCCCACUACAGUGCUUCAAACUCCAGAGUCCGCUACCAGAUGCACCGGAAGAUACAUCAAAGUAUCCGACUUUCUAAACGAUGUCUCAAAGAAAGUGUCCGGCUUUCUAAACGAUGUCUCAACGACAGCGUCCGGCUUUCUAAACGAUGUCUCAACGACAGCGUCCGGCUUUCUAAACGAUGUCUCAACGACAGCGUCCGGCUUUCUAAACGAUGUCUCAAGAGGAGCCAGAGGGUCAUCCAACGCUAAAGUGACUCCAUAAUUUGGAUUGUGAUUGCAUGGGUUUUAAAUGUAAAGCUCAAUAAAUUUGUAUCUUAGAUGCUCU